GGCACAGAUAAUCCCCAAACAAAGCUCGGCCACACUACCUCGGCACCCGACUUGUUUCUUUUUAAAUAACAAACAAAAUGAGUAAAUAUAACUCAAAAUAUCUCGAGGACAAGCUCAAAACGCAACUUGAGGCCCAGCACGUGAGUGUGGUGGACGAAUCCGACGGCUGCGGCGGCAAAUUCAGCGCGGUCAUCGUCUCUGCGGCGUUCAACGGCAAGACGCUGCUGCAGAAGCACCGAUUAGUGAACUCUACGCUGGCCGAAGAACUGAAAGAAAUACAUGCUUUUUCCCAAAAAUCGUACACGCCCGACGAGUGGGAGAAAGUGAAAGAGCAGCAGCAACAGCAGUAGUACGCACCACACAACAACACCACCAAUACAUGCAACAACAACUCGUAACCUGUUGUGGCUCGCGGGUAGUUGAGAUUUUGGCGUCGUGGUGAUCGAACGAAGAGACCGAAAACAGAAAACCGAAAACCAGCGCUGAACGAAAACAGUCGAACAAAGAAAGUGAAAGGGAAAGCACAGGAAUCGUUGGAGCUACAUUAAAGUUACUGUAUAA